AUGGAGAAUGGGGAAAACAACUAUCAGAGAACGGAAAAGGGUCUGCCUAUCCUUGUUCCCGGCCUUAGUUCUGUUCCACGCGACAUUUGGACACCAAAAAAUCAUCUUACGCGCCCAGAUCCGCCUCCACCUCCUCCAGAUGUCACUCCUGCCAUAGAGGCGGCAGCUGCAGCUGCUGGAAUCGACGGAAAGACUUUGUUAAAGAAGACGAAACCGCGUCGGACGGUCGAUUACUUUGGCCCGAUGGGUCGUUGGUUUUGGAUGCGAAGAAUGGCACCAUCUCCCGGAUAUGUACCUCACCUUAGGCCGGCACCACCCUUUAUUAUCGAUUUACUGCCUCCCACGGCAUAUCCAGACAACCCCUCGACGAGUCUCUGCACCAAGCUUGUACACACCAGUACAAAUAAAGUGCGAGGGCCCGUUAACUGUGUUACGUGGACUCCGACAGGCCGUAGAGUACUAACUGGUAGCACAUCCGGAGAGUUUACACUAUGGAAUGGGCUCACUUUCAACUUCGAGACUAUAUUGCAAGCUCACGAUGCCGCAAUACGGGCUUUCGAAUUCAACCACAGUGGUGCAUAUCUUGCAAGUGCGGAUCAAGGAGGUACCGUCAAGUAUUUCCAAGAGAACAUGAACUGUGCGCACCCGUCCGCCAUACGAGGGAUCUCUUUUUCGCCGAAUGACGCAAGGUUUGUUACGUGCAGCGACGACUCCACGCUGAAGAUCUGGGCGUUUAAUGAGAGCCGAGAAGAACGAACAUUGACAGGUCAUGGCUGGGAUGUGCGCUGCGUUCAGUGGCAUCCGUCAAAGGGUCUCCUUGCAUCUGGCUCCAAAGAUAACCUUAUUAAAUUCUGGGAUCCGAGAACGGGCACAUGCUUGACAACACUGCACCAGCAUAAGAAUACCAUCCAAGCCCUCGCCUUUUCGCCGUAUUUGGAUGGCAAUUAUCUUGCCGCUGGGUCUAGGGACCAAAGUCUCAGCGUCUUUGACAUCCGAAUGAUGAAGGAGUUUAGAAUGUACAGAGGUCACAAAAGAGAAACUAUUCGUGCAGCCGUAACGUGGCAUCCUGUCCAUCCUCUGAUUGUUUCUGGUGGUUCCGAGGGCGAUCUCCUUUAUUGGGAUUUGUACUCUCCAACAAAUGGGUCAAACACCGGAGCACUCUCUUUCAGUGCCGUUAUUCCAUCAGAACCACGUGCUACACUCGCGCAAGCGCACGAUUCAAAUAUUUGGUCUCUCGCGUUCCAUCCGUUGGGUCACUUGCUCGCGAGUGCAUCGAAUGAUCAUACAACAAGAUUCUGGUCUCGGGAAAGGCCAGGAGAUAGCACUAGCGUUUUCAGCGGCGGAGGGGAGAAACCUCCAGAUGCAGUGGAAGGCGAAGGCGACGAUGACGAGGCUUGGGCAGAAGGUGCGCUUCCGGGCUUGGGUGUUCCAGGUAUCUACGAUGGUGAUGCCGCUGGGUCCGGUCCUUCCGGUGCAAAUGGAGCAUGGAACGGACCAAAUUCCGGCAGCAGGCAACAAAAUGAUGAUAUCUACGACUUUGAUGCGCUGCCGGGCUUCUCAGGAGACAGGAUGGAGGUCGAGCAGCGUCAAAAUCAUCCGCAGGGUGGCAUGAACUAUGGAGGGAGCCAGUACGGAACUCAAGGCGGCCACAACCUACGCGGAGGAAGAACUCGUUGGGGGCCCUGA